CAAGAGACAAUAAAUCGUAUGUCAUACGCCAAAGCUUGUGCAUUACUUAUGUCUACUUAAGUCUCUAAGGCUACGUUCCAAAACUUUUUCUCCGAAGAUUUUAUUCUAUAUGCUAUAGUAUACGUUACGUGUAUUAUAUAUUUCGAGUAAAAUUUUCCUCGGAGAGGAAGUUUUGGAACGUAGUCUAGGUAAGUGUUACGACAAUUCUUGUGCUCGGGCUCUCAGCCCGAAGUCAGAACUCAGAACUACGACACGACCGCUCAGUGUUGUUUUGAAUGCACCCAAUGCAUUUGAUGUGAUAGCUUUCCUGAUAGAUUCCUAAUAUCUGUCAGUCCUAACAAUUAAUGUCUUGAUUCGCCUUAACGGAGCAGAGUGACACUUUUCUGCCAGAUUCGUUCAUUUCAUGCAGAAUCGCAUUGAAUCAGUCUGAUUUUAUUAAUAUCGGAGGAAAACAUCGAUUUGGUAUAUUUUUAUCAAAAUUUAUAGUGCACGAAGUCUUCUUAAUAUCCUCUUUAAGGUGUCCUUGUUUAAAACAUCUGUUCGAAGCUCCCUGUACCAAUUUGACGUGUCUGUUUAGAGAAUGAGUAUGCAAGACACGGAAAUUUAUGGAUUUCUCUACGUUAAAUCUACGAGAAAAAGAUAUAACGCAAAGAUCGCGCAAAGAGUGAGGAAAAGAGCUUUGGUUCUAUCGAAGGUAUGGAAACGUUUAUGGUGCUCAAUAAGGAAGUUGAAACCCGGUCUCGGCUUGCAAGUGCAGUUUGAUCAGAAACUCUAUCACGACAAUGCUUUGAAGCAAAACGAGAAGGACAGCUCAGUUGUGAUACCACCGAAUGCCAUCAUACAUCGUAUUCUGUCCAGAACGAAGCAAUUCGCAUUCAGUAUAUCAUCGGCAGUGGAUAGGAAGCCUCUGUUAUCAUUAUCCGCUAAUUCGGAGACUGAAACACAGCAUUGGAUGGCGAAUAUCAGACAUUUGUUGAAACCCAGAAGGCACUGUUGCAUUGAAAGAUCAUAUGAUGUAUCCAUGGUUGAUAAUGCACAUUCAAAGGCAGCGGGUUUAAUUGGUUUAUAUGGAGAUUUGAUCGCCAAUCAAACAGGAAUUUUCAUUAGAAAUGUUCACACAGGCGAGAUAACUAAAACUUUUAAAUGGAAAGAAUUCACUCAAUUCCAUUUAAUGACAGCAGGUCGUCCAGAAGAUGUGAAGCGUAUUUGUGUAAUACAUACUAGCAAAGAGUUUUGCUGUGGCAUUGGAGAACUCUACAUAUUUUGUCUUGACGCUAAUAAAUUACUUCAAGACUUGGUAACACAGGGUCGUGGUCCGAAACAUCGACAAAAAUUUUUAUAUUCUGAUAGUGUGAAUCUUGAAACAAGGAAACACAAUGAAAUCAGUCUUUCUUCACCAUUAAAGAGUGAUGCACCUCUUUGUAUGCUUAAUACUGACACUAAUUGUUUAAGAACAUCGAUCAGCACUAAAGUUGCGAAGAAUAUGUACCACUCGGAACCUAAUCUAAUGUACAGUGAAAAACUUCAUUCCUGUAACCAUAGAAAAUCCAAUACCUCUAUUGCUUCUGGAAUUUAUGAAGAAAUUAUGGAUAAUAUUUGUUCUCCUAAAAUGUCAUUGUCCAAUGAAUAUAAGAAUACAGAUAAAAUUUCAUGCAAUUUGCAAAUGGAACCUCCAGCAUUACCACCACGACAGAAGCAUAGGCCAGAAUAUACAGAAGAAGAUAGGAUGGAUACAGAUCAGUAUUGUCAUCAAGAAAUUUCUAAUCAUUUUAAAUCAAGGCUGCAAAAUACAAUAUGUACGCAAAAAAAUACUCUCACAGAUUCUUCCAAUUAUGUUCCAAUGUCACCACAAUUGAGAGACAAUAUGCUUAAGUCUGACGUUUUGGAAAAUUCAAAAGAAAAUGACUAUGUAAUUAUGCGAUAA